ACUUGAUCCGUCUUCUUUAUAUCAAUUUUGCUUUAACUCAUUAUGUUAAUCCUCGUGGUGCUGCCCUUGAACCGACUUUAUCUUAUCAACGUUUACAAACUGAUAUUAUACUCACAGAUGAUGAACUUUUAGAUAAAAUCAAGAAAACUACUUCAAAUGCUCAUGAAUUUUUAGUAUUUGAAUCUUUCUUAAUAUUUAAUAAACAUAUUCUAAAAACAAACUUUUAUCAACCUACAAAAGUCGCAUUAUCUUUUCGACUUGAUCCUUCUUUCUUACCUAAUAUAGAAUAUCCUACAAAAUUAUUUGGUAUGUUCUUAGUUGUAGGUUCAGAAUUUCGUGGUUUUCAUUUAAGAUUUCGUGAUGUUGCUCGUGGUGGUAUUCGUAUUAUUCGUUCUAGGAAUAAAGAAACUUAUAGUAUCAACUUAAGAUCUCUUUUUGAUGAAAAUUAUGCUUUGGCUGCUACUCAACAAAGAAAGAAUAAAGAUAUUCCUGAAGGUGGUUCAAAAGGUACUAUCCUUUUAGAUGUUACUCAACAAGAUAAAGAUCGUGUCGCUUUUGAAAAAUAUGUAGAUAGUAUCCUUGAUCUUUUAAUCGUUGGUAAUUCUCCUGGAAUAAAAGAGGGAACUGCUACAUUUGUUGAUUGGGCUAGUGCUCAUGCUAGAGCUCGUGGUGCUCCAUUUUGGAAAGCUUUCACUACAGGAAAAAGUCAAUCAAUGGGUGGUAUUCCACAUGAUCUUUAUGGUAUGACUACUCGUUCAGUUCAUCAAUACGUAUUAGGAAUUUAUAGAAAACGUGGACUUAAAGAAGCAAAAAUUACUAAAUUUCAAACUGGUGGUCCUGAUGGUGAUUUGGGUAGUAAUGAAAUUAAAAUUUCAAAGGAUCCCGUUGUUGAUGGUAGCGGUGUAUUAUGUGAUCCUGAAGGAAUUGAUCGUAUUGAAUUGAAACGAUUGGCUAACAAUGGUCAAGUUGUAGAAGAUGGUUUGAUGUUCCGUAAUAAUUUCCAUUUAACAAAUAGUGUAUCUGCUGAUCUCUUUGUUCCUUGUGGUGGUAGACCUGAAUCCGUUGAUCUCAAUAAUAUUAAUGCUUUACUCGAUUUGAAUGGUAAACCAAGAUUUAAAUAUAUUGUUGAAGGUGCCAAUUUAUUCUUCACCCAAGAAGCUCGUAUUCGUUUAGAACAAGCUGGUGCUAUAAUUUUCAAAGAUGCUUCUGCAAAUAAAGGUGGUGUCACUUCUUCAUCUUUAGAAGUGUUAGCUGCUUUAGCAUUAAAUGAUGAAGAAUUCGAAAAGAUUAUGGUUGUAAAAGAUGGUGUUAUUCCUCAAUUUUAUCAAGAUUAUAUAAAAGAAGUUCAUCGAGUUAUUGAAAAGAACGCUGAAUUAGAAUUUGAAUGUAUUUGGAGAGAACAUAGAAGAACUAAUAAACCACGAUCAAUAAUUUCUGAUGAACUUAGUCUUGCUAUAGUUGAAUUGAAUGAAAAUAUGCAACAAUCAAUUUUAUGGCAAAAUGUACCUUUAAGAAAAGCUGUAUUAAGAGAUGCUUUUCCACAAUUACUUCUUGAUAGAUUAGGAUUAGAUUCUUUAGUAGAAAGAAUACCUGAAUCAUACGUAAGAGCCAUUUUUGGUUCAUACUUGGCAAGUAGAUUCGUAUAUAAAUAUGGUACACAACCAUCACAAUUUGCUUUCUUUGAAUUCAUGAACCCAUUUUAUGCUAAAAUUGAUGAUCAUUAUAGUUGA